GCUGUUCCUGGGUGUCAGCGGCGGAAAACCAGGGUGGGUUGGACGUGAUUUGUUCCCGCCCUGAACACAUUCACACUGACUUUCACUCAGUCACUCGAUUGGUACUGUUCUGAAUCAGAAAUAUAUUACUGCACUGACACCCGCGCUCGUUCCGAUACACUGUUACUUUGUAACACUCCGGCGCGGAUCGGAACUCAUUGUUACAUUGUAACCUCGCACCUGCAGUGAUCGUGAUACAUUGUAUCCGCUGAUGAUGGAGCGCUGGAAGGGGAGAGUCGCGCUGGUCACCGGAGCUUCUGUCGGGAUCGGAGCGGCUGUCGCUCGGGCUCUGGUCCAGCACGGAAUGAAGGUGGUCGGAUGCGCCAGGAACGUGGACAAAAUCGAGAAGUUGGUCGCGGAGUGUCAGAGCGCAGGAUACAGCGGCAUUUUGAUCCCGUAUAAAUGUGAUCUGUGUAAUGAGGAGGAGAUUCUGUCCAUGUUCUCGGCCAUUAAGACUUUACAUCAGGGAGUGGACGUGUGCAUCAACAAUGCAGGACUGGCACACAACGAACCUCUGCUCAGCGGAAAGACAGAAGGAUGGAGGAAUAUGAUUGAUGUGAACAUACUCGCUCUCGCUAUCUGCACACGCGAAGCUUACCAGUCCAUGAAGGAGAGGAAUGUGGAUGACGGACACAUUAUCAAUAUUAACAGUAUGGGGGGACACAGGAUGGUGCCCAGCACUGACGAACACUUUUACUGUGCCACUAAAUAUGCUGUGACCGCAUUGACAGAGGGGCUGAGACAAGAGCUAAGGGAAGCCAAAACACACAUCAGAGCCACAUGUAUAUCACCUGGAAUAGUGGAAACUGAAUUUGCCUUCCGGCAUCACAACAGCGAUCCAGAAAGAGCUGCUGCUGUUUAUGAAAGCAUAAAGUGUUUGAAAGCAGAAGACAUCGCUAGUGCUGUCACAUACGUCCUCAGUGCACCUGCUCAUGUUCAGAUCGGUGAUGUGCAAAUGCGGCCAGUAGAGCAAGUGUCAUAGGAACAGAAUGGUACGGGAAGUCAUGCAGCAGGAGAGCCGGGUCAACUCAUGGGGUGACUGCGCCACCUGCUGGUCAAAAUAUAUGUAUCACCUAAUUUUAAAGAACUGUGAUUGGCUCAAAUCUGAGAAUGUGGCACUUUCUGGGGUGAUCUGAAGAUUCACCCUGCGUGAGAGAGAGAGAGAGAGAGAGAGAGAGAGAGAGAGAGAGAGAGAGAGAGAGAGGGGUCACCUUUGAAAACCAUUUAAAAUAUGCAGAUUUACACAGUCUGCUCCUGUUGCAAAUGUAAGGGGAAACUUUUAGCCUUUUCUAAACAAAGAAACUGGAACAAAACAGAGAUGUGUGUUACUGUCCGCAAUGGUCACCUGAGACCACUUGUACGAGACGAGUAUGCCAUGAAUUGCACAUAAUUUUUGGUCUUUUUUAGGUCAUAUUGCAUAUCCGUUUGAGAGUGAGUGAAUUUGAAACACUGUUGCUCAGUGCCGAUAAUUAUGUUAAUUACUGUAUAAUUUUUUUUUAUUCUAAGUUGAAUUGUAUGUAGAUGCGAUUCUCAAACCGUACUUACAAUGGAUUGGAUACAGCUACUGUACUGUUUGUGGUACAGUAGCUGUAUGAGGUUUGCCUAAAUAAGCCACAGAGCUCGUUGGCUGUGCUUUUUGGGAGCAAAACCAAGCACAAGAUUUUCAUUAUGGAAGAGGUCGUUUGGUCGCCGUCACACUCCGGAAAUCAUGUAGGAACCUUAUAAAUGUUGGUUUUCACUGAAAAGGUGACACUGGCUUCUGUCAUAGGAAAACGAGUAUGGAAACACUGUAGUGAACACUUGAAAGAAAUAAUACUUGAAAUAAUCUAUUCUUGUUGAUUAAACAUAGUGAUGAUUGUUGGUUAUGGAUAAAUUGCUUUUUCUUACACUGUAUUCCACCUCUAUACCCCAAAAUGGUGCAAGAGUUGAUUUCCUCUGUAAUUUACAAUGGAAACUCAAGGCCACCACAUGCCUUUUGCUUUGUAUUUAACGUACCCCCUUGUUUUACCAAAAGACAGUUAAAGUGUGUGAAAUGCAUGACAGUCUCUAUUUGGAGCAUUUCUCACAAAUAUUUUCCAGGUCAAAUUUCACCCCAAAAUCAAGGAGAAAAAUAAAUAAAUAAUAUGUUGCAUUAAGCAAACUAAGCCUUUUUAAUAUUAUUAUUAUUAUUAUUUCUUAUUUCUUUUUUUUUUUUUUUUUUGCAAUGUGAUGUUAUCUUCAUGAGAGUUAAGCACAUUUUCUC